AUGGCUACUAUCGAAAAAAAUAAAAACGUCGAAAGUGAAAUAAAUGUUUUUUAUAAAAAUGAAAAGAAAAGUAAAUCAACGAAAGUAAGAGAGCAUAGUUCUAUUAUGAACGAUGAAAAAAAAGAAGUUGAGUUUAAUAGUUUAAAUGAAAAUAUUAAGGAGAAAAGUUAUACAAAUGUAAUUAAUAUGAACAGUCAGGUGGGUGGUGUUACUAAUUUAUCUGAUGAAGUAGACAAAUUUGGGAAAGUCUCUAAAACGGGAAAAAACAUAAAAGGAGGUAAAUCCUCCAAAGGUGGAAAAAAUGAAGACAACAAAAAUAGCAGUACUAAUAGUACUAAUAGUAAUAGUAAUAGUAAUAAUAGUAAUAAUAAUAAUAAUAAUAGUAAUAAUAAUAUGAAUGAUGGUGAUAAUAAAGGCAGUACUAAUUAUAUACAUAAUAUUAAUGACAGGAAUAAUUUGAAUUAUAUAAAUAUACCAAAUGAUAAUAAAAGGAAUACAGAAGGAUAUGAUGAUAAUAUUUUAAAUGAUGAAGGUAACUUAAGUGAUGAAGGAGAAGAAGUAGAAGAAGAAAAUGUAUAUGAAAAAGAUUUAAUUCUUCAAAGAUAUAAACAUGGUAUUAAUAUAUUUCUUAAUUUUAGUGAUAUAAGACAAAGAAAUAAAAUUAUUGAUUUCUAUUCUGAAUGUUUAGAUAAAUAUAAAAAUGAAUGUAAUUUUGUUUAUUAUCAAAAUUAUAAUAAUACUAAUAAUGUUAUCAUUAAUGAUACUAUAGAUAUGAGUCCAAUAAAUACAAAAUAUUUUAUGAACGAACAAUUAGAUAAUAUGAAUAAUCCAUACAAUUCAAAUGAUAAAUAUGUUAAUUCAAAAAAUAAAAAUUUAAUAAAAUAUGCAAAUAAUAAUAUGACAACUAUAAAUAAUAAUGUAAAUACAAAUGAAAACAUGAACAUAAAUAUAAAUGCAAAUAUAAACACCAAUAUAAAUAAUAAUAAUAAUAAUGAUAAUAAUAAUAAUUUUAAUAUGUAUAAUAUGUAUAAUAAUGCUUAUCCUAAUGAUCCUUUGAACAAUGCAAAUAAUUCACUCUCAACUAUGGAUGAUUUUAAAAAUUUCGAUUUACAAAAAAAAAAACAAGAAUCUCUAGACCCCUUAUUGAAAUGCAUUAAUUCGUUAUCAGAUCGAAUUAAUCUUCAACAUUUAGUAGGAGAUCCCACCACUUAUUUUAAAAUAGGAGGAGGAGACAUGUUUUAUGAUAUUAAUGAUCCUUUUUUAGAUGAUGAAGAAAUGUACAAUGAAUUAAAUAAAACAAAGAAUGAAAUUAUAUUAACAAGACAAAUAGAAGAUGAAUAUAGUGUUUGGAGUGGAGAUAUGUCAGAUGAUUAUAUAGAUAUCAAUCCUGAUUAUUUUAUAUCUUUUUAUAGUUCAAAAUGUAAAUAUGUUUUUACAAGUGAUGACGAGGAAAAAUUAGAAAAAAAACAAAAACAAAAGAUUAAUGACAAAAGUGAAGAACAAUCAAGAGGGAAGUAUGAUGAGGACAUUAUUAAUAUUGAUUCUGACAACAGUAAUAAUAAUAACAAUAAUAAUAAUAAAUAUAAUAAUAAUAAUAAUAAUAAUAAUAAUAAUAAUAAUAAUAAUAAUAAAUAUAAUAAUAAUAAAUAUAAUAAUUAUAAUAAUAAUAAUUGUAAUGAUGAUAUGAUAAGUUGCUCAUCAUAUUCUGGAUACGAUUCGACAGACGAUGGUACACUUGAUAAAUGUAACUUUAAAGGAAAUUUUGAGAAAUAUAAAUACGAUUUUAUUAUUUAUUCAAGUGAUGGUGAUUUAGAUUCUUGUUCGUCAUCUGAUGAAGAAGAAGAACAUUCAGAUGAAUCAGAUGCAUCCGAAGAAGAAAUCAUAUUUAAUCCUUUCGCUUGGAAAAAGUUUGAAAAACAUAUUCCUUGUGAAUUUAUUGAAUUAUUUGAAAAAAUGGAAAAGCAACUAGAUAUGUUACCACUUGAAGCAGAUAUAUCAGAAAUAAAACAGAUCAUAAAAAAAUAUAUAUAUAAUAUAUUUUCACAAGUAGUAAAUAAAUGUAAAAAUGUAAUACAUCAUUUUGAUAAUCAUUUAAAUGAUUUUUUAGAAAUCGACAUAAAAUUAUUAAGAUGGCUAACAACUAUAAUGAUUAAAACAUCUAAUUCUUUAAAUGAUAUAGAUAUAUGUAGAAUGUGGUUUGAACAAUUAUUUUCAUAUAAUACACGUGUAUAUGUAGAAUAUGAAAAAGAAUUUAUUGCAAGAAUAAAAACAUCUAAAAUUUUUGAGAAGAAUAAUAAACAAUAUAUGAAUGAUUUGUUGAAUAAUAUAACUUUAUGGAGAAAAUAUCAAGAGGACAAAGAAAAAGAAAAUUUAUCAAAGGACAUGUCUGAAAUUAAUAAUAUACCUGACUCUAGCAAUAAUACUACAACAAAUAAUAAUAAUAAUAAUAAUAAAAUUGCAAAGAAGAAUAAAAAUAACAAUAACAACAAUAAUAAUAAUAAUAAUAACAAUAAUAAUAAUAAUAAUAAUAAUAAUGAAGCCAAGGAGGAAAAUCAAAAUAGUUUUAUAAAGAAUGAAGAUAACUAUGAAAAUAAUAGAGAAACAAAUUGUAACACAUAUAAUAAUAACUAUAGAGGUAAUAGUAUAAUAAAAAAUAACAACGAUAAUAUUUUAAACUUAGAAAAUAAAUCUAGUCAGUCUAAUUGUAUAUUAAAUAAUGUGAAAAAAGGAGAAAAUUCAUGUGAACAAUUUAAAACCAAAUUUAUGAACAUUAAAAAGGAAUCUGAUAAUAAUGAUAACACAUCUUUAUAUUUGUCAAAUCAUAGUACCAUGGUACAGUUGGAUAACGAUAAGUUUAUAUCUGAUGAAGGUACUACAGGUAAUAAUAUGAACAUAACUAGAAACAAUAACAAUAAUAUUAAUAAUAAUAAUAAUAUGAAAAUUCGUAAUGUAUAUAAUAAAAUGGAUGAUAAUAAAAAUAAUAGUAGCAAAGAUGAAGAAGAUACAAAUAAUGAUGAUGAUACACUCGAACCUGACAAUUCUAUACAUGAUAAUGAUAAUAAUAAGAAGAAUAAUAAUGAAUAUAAUGUAGAACUUGAAAAAUAUUUUGAUAUUCUAUCAGAUAUUUCUUUAGAUAUAUUAAAUUAUAUUAAAAUGUAUACAAAACAAAAAAAUUUUUUAAAAGAAAUGAUAUCAGCUGGUUUUGAGGCACUUGUAGAAAAACAAUAUAAAUUUUUUAUGAAAUUACCAUAUAUUACUGUAUCAGAAAUGUUAACAAAUUUAUUUAAUUUCAGAUACAAAAGAAAUAUUUCAAUAGCUUAUGAUUAUGUGGAAGGCUUAAUAGAUUUUUAUCAAGACAAAUAUAAAAUUGAUAUAUCAUAUGAAAGAGGAAGAAAUAAAAAGGUUUUCUUAUUUGAUACUAGCGUUAUGCAGAAAUUAAAUAAUGUAUAUUAUAAGAAUAAAAAUAAUACAAUAAAAGAUAAAAAUACAUCAAAUAAUAUUUCAAAAGAUGAAAAUAAAGGAAAAAAUAAUAAUAUAACUAAUAAUAAACACAAUAUUGAUGAAAGAAAUAAUAUUAAUAAAAAAAAAAAUAUUCAUAAUUUCAAAAGUGAUAUAGAAGCAACAAUAGAUAUUCAAAGUAAUAAAAAUUAUAUUACAACAAAUAAAAAACAUGGUCUUAUAAAAAAUAAUGAUAUCAUAAAUAAAAAAAAAUUAAAUGAUAAUUAUAAAAGUAAUUCAAUUAGUUACUAUGUCGAAGAUAAUCAUCGUCAUCAAUAUAAAAAGGAUAUUAAUAAAAAUAAAAUCGAUAAUACAAAAUGUGCAAACGGAAAUGAAAUUGUUAUUUAUUCGGAUGAUGAAAGUUAUGAAUAUGAAGAUGGUGUUAAUUAUAGUGAUGCUGAUGGUUAUGAUAAUAUUGAUGAAGAAGAAAAAAGAAAACAAAAAAAAAAACAUAAUCACGAAAAAAGUCGCAAUUUUAAACAUAGCAUUACAAAUAAUAGUAACGUCACUACUGAUAUUACUAAUUUUUUUGAUAACUUAUCAAAAGAAGAAAAAAAAAUAUAUAAUCAUAAUAAUUAUAAUAGUACAGCUAGUAGUAUUAUUAGUAGUAAUCCAACUACAAAAUAUAAUAUGAAAAAUAUUAAUAAUUCGCUUAUUUCUCAAUAUAUCUAUCAUAAUACAAAUUCUGCAGACAUUGUAAAAGCUGUUCAUACAAGUAAUAACAUAUAUCAUAAUAAAUAUAAAAAAAAAAAUAAAUAUGAUGAUGAUCAUAAUUUUAUUGUAUCAGAUGACAAAACUGAUAUUAAUUUAAGAUAUAAUAUGAAUGAACAAAAUAAUUUAUUUAAAAAGAGAAAAUUAAAAAAUGAUUACAUACCAAAUAUCUAUAACAAAAAUAAUAAAUAUCAUGAAAAGGAUAAAAGAAAAUCUAUGGAUUCAAAUAAUAAGAUACAAAAGACACAAAAUUUUAUAUGCAUUAUAUCAUCUGAAGAGGAAAAUGGUUGUUAA